AUGCGAGGAAAUUGGCAGAAAAAGGCUUUGAAGCUGACACCUGAAGGGUCAAGAAGUCUCUUUGAAUAUCUCGUAGCCAAAGCUCUGCACUACCCAUACUGUUAUCGAAUUCAUGAGAAGGGCAGCGACAAGCUGAUCGGGUUCCGAUUAAUGUCUGUCGGACAUCGAGACCGUACUUUGGACGCGGAACCAGUGCCAUUCAAAGAGCCAAGCGAUCCUGGGGCUCGACGACUUUGUGAGUCAGCUACCAAAAUAACAUAG